UGAGAGCAUAUUUUUCGUCAUGUUCUCCGCGUCCGCGUCAUUCUCUCCCCUUAUCGACGCUUGCAGUCGCCACCACCACCAACCAUCACUUGCUUUCUCUUCUUCCAGUCUAUGACGCAGCCGGAGGAGGCGGUCCAAAAUCUCUCAGGCGAGACGGAGAUGGAGAAGGGGAAGGAGAAACAGGAGGCAGCCACCGUGUCCUUUUCUUUAAACCCAGAAGAACCGGGAACUGAGACUGACCGCUUCCAACAGGCUCUACUGGAACUGAAAGACUUGCACUCUCAACUACACCAGGCAGCAGAUUACUGCGAGAAUGCAUUUUUAAAGGCCGGUAAUAGAAAAUUAGUUUUGGAGAGCACAAAGAACUACAUUAGUGAUGCAGUUGUUGCCAUGGUCGAUCAUCUGGGGAAUGUUUCAUCCAAGCUCGAGCACCGACUCCAUGGCAACAUCGAGGCCGCGCAAACAGAGCAAAAGAUUGAUUGCUUAAAACAGAGGCUUCUCACGUGUCAACAAUAUGCUGUAAGUCUCAAUCUGUCUGCCGUGCAAUGGAGUGCCAAGCUGCCACGAUAUCACCAGCAUUAUCUGUCACCAUUGGCUCAGCAUCCUGAAAAGUCGACUGGUAUCUCCAGAGAUGAGACUGCUGAUAAAAUAGCAUCCGAAACACCUAGGAAGAAAGAUCGGUUGGCAGUGACCGUUUGUCCUUCAGUCUCUGUUGCAGGUGAUAGUGUCAAGAUUCCCAAUGUGGGUGCAGGAAUAACAUUCAGCACAGCUGUGCCAGUUCUCGAAGGCUCAUCUAUACUUUCAAAACCAUGCAAUUCUUCCUUUGGUUCCUAUACAGAUGAUGUUCAUCUGCUGCCUGGUGUGGACCAGAAGAAGAAGUCCAUGCAAGGGAUUAACUUGUUGUCAUUUCUUCGGUUGAGUAAAAGAAAGACCUAGAAAAGGAUGGCAGCAAAAUCUUGUAAUCAAAAAACUUAAAAACUCUAGUUGGCUGGAGUUUUCCUUUUACCUUUUUACAUAUAGAUAAAACAUGUUCAUGGUAUAGGUGCACAAGUUUUGUAGAACUUGGAUGCAUGUUCAACUUAACAACAUGAAUGAUUC